GACAGCGCGGACGUACUGCAUGCCCGGAAAGCUCUCAGCCAGAGUGCCUCUUAGAGGACUUUUAGCCGAGCAAGCAACAUGACCUCGAGUCGACUGGAUAAAUCAGAGUUACCGCCAGCAAAGCAAGCAGAGCCGAGCCGAGACAGGGAGCUGGUCGGAGAGAGCAGGAGACGACUGCGGGUCAGGAGGAUAUGACCAAUGUAGAGGAACUGCAGUGACAAAAAGCCGGACAGUUUCGGAGAUCUGGUGACGGGCUUCAAUUGGUUGGACUUACAUUUGCCUCGCCUGAGUUUAGGGGUGAUUGCCCGGUCUCUUUAACAGGGCAUCCGUUUGGAGCACCCCCGCCUUGUCUCCGCUGUGGUGUUGGCAUUAAAGAUCGAGGUAGCGGUGCGCCAGGGCGAGGACCUAGAGCAACACGCACACAAAUUCACAGACACACGCACGCACAGAGUGGGGCGAACGCUUUGGGUCUUCAAGCGCUCGCCUUGGUGCUGAAAGCGCCUGGUUUGUUGAGGUGAGGUGAUGCCCGCCAGGGCCGAACAGUUCCAGCUGGUGCAGCCAGAGGCCAUCGGGACCGCGGCACGAACAUGCAGGAGCUGUUAGGUUCUCCGGUGGGAUCCUGCACCGCAUUGUACACACUGGCAGCAGCCCGUCUCCACAAGGUGGGCUGGCCCGGCACAGAACGUCGCCUGGCAUUCAGUCUUUAGGAGGGGGCGAACUUUACUGUUUGGCGGCGUCGCUAGGGAAGGACGACGGCGGACUGAGUAAAGGGGGAGAUCUUGAGGCGAUUUGGAGACCAUGUGUGGCCUCGCCAGCUCCCGUCCAGCGACUCUUUCGCCUUCAUUCAAGAUGCGCUCUGCGUAAACUGGCCACAAAUCAUCAGCCAGCGACCACAGCUUUUUAUGGGCGGCUGCAGCCCAGUGCAGAGCAGGAGCUGGUGUCUGAGCCGAGGAACCCGUGCAGGAUGGCUCCUGGACUGCAGGCAGCCUGCGUUCUCCUGCUGAUGACCCCUAGCCUCCUCCCCCCGGCAGUCGCCGACCAGGAGGACCACCUGGGAGCUGACAACACCCUGGAGGCGGGCAACGGCGACAACAUGGACUUCGACGACUACCGGGGCAAAGGCUGCGUGGACGACAGUGGCUUUGUGUACAAACUGGGCGAGCGUUUCUUCCCGGGCCACUCGAACUGCCCGUGCGUUUGCACGGAGGACGGGCCUGUGUGUGACCAGCCCGAGUGUCCCAAAAUCCACCCCAAGUGCAGCAAGGUCGAACACAACGGCUGCUGCCCCGAAUGCAAAGAAGUGAGAAACUUCUGUGAAUACCGCGCGAAAACCUACAAAGUGCUGGAAGAAUUUAAGCCGUCCCCGUGCGAGUGGUGCCGGUGUGAGGCCAGCAGUGAGGUGCAUUGUGUUGUCGCCGAUUGUGCCGUCCCCGAGUGUGUCAACCCGGUGUACGAACCCGAGCAGUGCUGCCCGGUCUGCAAGAACGGUCCCAACUGUUUCGCAGGCUCCACAAUAAUCCCAGCAGGGAAGGAAGUCAAAGUAGACGACUGCACCAUAUGCUACUGCUCUCAGAAUGGGGACUGGUGGAAGACAGAACGACAAGCUACAUGUGUCAAACGCGAAUGUGAACGCCUGUGACCUGAAAGAUGCAGCAAACUGUUCCGCUGAUAACUAACUGCCAGCAAAGCAGCACCUCAGUGUGCUGUAUAGCCAAAAAAAAAUUACCUAGCUCUAUCCAUUGCAAUAGUCACCAGAAGAUUUAGAUUCCUGGUGCAAACACUGUUUGGUGAAACACUAUUUUUUUACAUUGUCGAUCAUCUCAUUCUACCUGUGGGUGCCAUUUCUUUUUGAAGAUUAAAUUGACUUUUAGACUGCUGAUUACUGAGGAGUUUUCACUUUGCAAUUUUUAGGUCUGUUGCUAUCGCUUCUUGUCUCACCUUAAGGAUAUCUCCCUGUCCUUGACUCUACUGCCCAUUUGCACUUACCAUUAGAGGUUGUUUGCAGGCAAACUGUGAUACAUUUAGAAAUUCUGGAUUUAGUUCAGUGAUUUUCUCUACACUUCUGCUGUCUGCUUCAUCUUCACUUGAUGAUCAACGGAGGGAAGCUGUCAUUUGAAAAGAAUGUUCAUUUUAUAGUCUUAUACACUGAUGUUGUGCCUGAAAAUGUAAAUGAAAAUAUUCCAAUGAAAAUAAUUUACAAUGUGGAAUUAUAGCGCAACUGUACUUAGUGUGGCAAAUAAGCAUAUAUUAUAAAAUAUAUUA